UACGUGCAAUAGUUUUAUGUCAUGUCGACCGGCACAUGCGCGGUUCGCUGGAGCAAACGGACUCAGACGCCGUGGUCGACAAACGUACACCAGAUACCAGACCCUUGAGCUGGAAAAAGAGUUCCACACCAACCAUUACCUGACACGCCGACGGCGGAUAGAGAUGGCGCAUGCGCUGUGUCUCACCGAAAGACAGAUAAAGAUAUGGUUCCAAAACAGGCGAAUGAAGCUGAAAAAAGAGAUACAGGCCAUCAAAGAGCUUAAUGAGCAGGAGAAACAAGCGCAAGCGCAGAAGGCCGCCGUGCUGGCAGCCGCUCAGGCCGCUGGUGAUCGCUAAAAGAAAAAACGGAUAACACUUUUUUUUUAAACUACCCCCGACCUAUUAUAUACGAGUUAUCAUUAAUUUUCCUUAUCGUUUUAUUAUUUU